AUGAAGUCUCUUGAAGCCAGACUCCAGAAAGUGAAGAAGGAAAGAAUACAACUUUUUACUGAGAUGGAAAAUUUGAACAGGCAGAUCAAGAUGGGUGAGUCCAGUUUCCUUGAAGCUCAAGCUCCAUGUAUGAGCAAGCGAUCUGAGAUGGAAUGCAUCCAGCAGAGGGAUGACAAACAAGGACCCAAGCCCAAUCCAAAUGAAGCUGAACCCGUUUCUGUUGCUGGAGAAGACCAAAUGUCUAUCUGUGCAUCCAAAGGAAAACCCAAUGAUCAUCCUUCCAGCUGUUUUGAGGAUAUGCGAGAGGGUCCACUAAACGUCGUCCCCCGGAGAAUUCGGAGCAAACAACCCAAGAAGAAGUUCUGGAAAGUUCGCAACAAACUGGAUGUUUCACCUUCGGUUAAGAAAAGGGCAGAAGAAAUUGAAGCAAAGCUUCAUCCAGAGUACCCUAAGUUUGCCAAGAUACUCCAACGUUCUCAUGUCUCGAAAGAGUAUAUUCUGAACCUUCCUCGGGAUUUUUGUGAAGAACAUAUGCCCAGACAAGUUGCAAAAUUUAUUCUAAAAGACCAGGAUGGUAUCCCAUAUGAAACAGAAUUUCAUCCUGCCAGUGUUGGUUACCUUCGUGCUGGCUGGAAGAAUUUCGCCAUUUACCAUCAUUUGGUUGAAGGUGAUGCAAUUAUUUUCCAGUUGAUCAAGACUCGCACCUUCAAGGUUUACAUAGUUAAAUCAACUGAAUUUGUUGAUUUUCAAGACUUCAACAUAUUCGUGAAUGGGAGCGAGUUGGACUUUAAGUUACCUGAUACACGCUUCAAGUACUAUGAGCUCUGCAAAGCUCAGAAAUCAUAUCUGCAUGCUGGAUUCCUUCAGACCAUUGAUCCUGCAACGGCUGUUCACAUCAUCUCGAACGCUGUUGGGAUCGCGGACGCGAUCAGGUCAGCCACUGUCUUCACUGCGGAAAGCAUAUUUGCAGAUUGGGACCAGACACUAACAGGGUUCGAGAUUCUUGGGCUUGAUGUUGGAUUCUUACGUGAUCGCGUGAGCAAACUCGCUGGUCUUGCAAAGCAAGCAGAAGACUCUCCUCCUGCAAAGAGGUUGAAGCAAGUGACGGUUGAGUGGAAUCAGAAAGGGGAAGAGAUGGAGACAGCCAGUGUGGAGCGUAAUCUGAUACGGGAAGAGAUAAAGACACUUGAAGCAAAACUCAAGACUUUUGAAGCUAAGCUCCUGCAAGUGGAGCAGGAACGAGCCGAACUGUUUGUUGAGAAGGAGGCUUUGAAUGAAGAGAUCAAGAAGGAUGAGUCGAGGUUCUUGGAGGAAGCUCAAGCUCCAUGUACUUUGUUCAUUCCUGAAACCAGCAGGAAGAGAUCUGAGAUGAUGAAGGAAAACCUGCAAUAUUAUAAUCUCCAACACCAAGAAGAUGAAGUUGAAUCCUUUUCAGACAUCGAUGAAGAUCAAAUGCUUGCCCAUCUCUCAGCUUGUAGGAGGAAACCCAUUGAUCAUCCCCUUCCCUCCAGUUCCGAGCGUACAUCAAAGAAGUUCGGGAGGGUUUGCAAUCGUUGGACAGUUUCAUCCUCUAUUAUUGAGAGAGCAAAUCUUGAUCCAAGGUACCCAAGUUUUGCAAAGCUAUUGCUACCUUCCCAUGUCACAAAUACGUAUACUCUGAUCUUUCCAAAGGGGUUUUGCAAAUCAUAUAUGCCAGCACAUGAUGUCGAAUGUAGUUUGCAAGAUGAGCACGGUAAAUUAUAUCAAACAAUCUUCCAACCUGGCAGUACUUGUGUAAUUCGUGUGGGCUGGAGAGACUUUGCUAUUAACCAUGGCUUGCGUGCGGGGGAUGCAGUUGCUUUCCAGUUGACCGGAAAAUACAAAUUCAAGGUUUACAUAGUUAGAUCAACUAGUUUAGGAGUGCAUGGAUCCACUAAGCUCUCACUGUUGGAAAAGAAUAACGAUGGAAUGCAUUGUGGAGGAGGUGCUGCUCAGGAAAAGGGAUCGAGAGGAUAUGAAAAGUCAACUUCCAAACAAUUAGAACUUAGCAAAGCUAAGGGGGCAACAAAAUAUGAAAGUUCAACUGCAUUUGUUAAUUUUCCGGACUCCAACAUGCUCAUUAAUGGUGGCAUGUUGGACCUCAAGUUACCUGAUACACGACGCCCCAAGUAUUAUGAGCUCUGCAAGGAUCAGAGAUCAUAUCUGCACUCAGGUUUCCAUAAGCCUGCUCAUCCCGAAUCAGCUGUUGCGAGCACCUCAAAUGCGGUUGAUAUUGCAGAGGCAAUCAGAUGCAGCAAUAUUUCCACUGUCAAGGCAAAUUUUGCAUAUUGGGACGAGGCCUUAAAAGGGCUUGAGAGUCGGGGGCUUGAGGUGGGAUUCUUACGUGCUCGCUUGACCAAACUUGUUGGUCUUGCUGAGCGAGCAGAAGAUUCUCCACGUGCGAAGAGGUUGAAGCAAGCCACUGUUGAGUGGAGUCUGAAAGGGGAAGAGUGUAAUAUGAUUCAGGAAGAGAUGAAGACUCUUGAAGCCAAACUCAAGAGUCUUGAAGCCAAGCUCCAGAAGGUGAAGCAGGAGAGGGUAAAACUUUUUCAUGAGAUUGAGACUUCCAACGUGCAGAUCAAGAUGGAUGAGUCGAGGUUCCUGGAGGAAGCUAAAGCUCCAUGGUGA